AUGGCGGAUCCGCCCGAGGCCAAGGCCGACGGGCCCAAGGAUGCCAAGCCAGAGGAGAAAAAGGAAAAGACGGAAGACGUCGAUUUGAAAAAGGCGGAUAAGGGAGAUGCGCCGCCAGCCAAAAAGAAGGAUUCGAAGGUCGACGUGAAGAAGGAUUCGGUGACCCGGGAAGAUAAGAAGAAAGAAAAUCCCGACAAGACGAAGGACGAAAAGCCGGAGAAGACGAAGGAUGAACAACCUGAGCCCGCCAAGGAAAGUGUGAUGCAAAAUCCGGAUGAAAAGAAGAGCGACGAUAAGAAGGAAAAGAAGGGAGACGACAAGAAGGAAAAGAAGCCCGAUGAUGAGAAGGACAAGGAGAAAGAAAAAGACAAAGACAAGGAGAAGAAAAGUGAUGAGCAAAAGAAGAGCAAAGACAAGAAGGAAACGACCCCGAACAGGAAGGACAAGGUCGAUUUGCAAGAGAAGAAGAGCGAGUCGCCGGAGAUGGCCAAAGAUGCAGCUCUUCCGCCACCGCCACCUCCACUCCACGAAGAAGUCCCGGACAAAUGGGGUGAGACGAAGGCAGACAGAGACAAGAAGGCUGCUGCUGCGGCUGCUGCGGCGUCGACGCCUCCGGAAAAGAAGCGCAGUAAACUUUCCGCGCUGUUUCAUCACAAGUCCAAAAAGGACGGCGAAAAGGAGAAGGACAAGGACAAGGCCGGUGCUUCGAAGAUGGCCGCACCUGCCGUCCCGUCUUCCACUGCACUUGCCCCUGCCACGCCCGGCGACCCGAACAGGUCCAGGGCCAAGCGGAAGAAGCGCGUCUGCAUCAUCUCC